CUUACCUGUCUGGCCUCCUCCUGCUCUGCCUCUCCCUUUGUCGUAGGCCAAGUUCUUCUGUGCAGUUCAGGGGGAGCUGAAUUGUUGCAACAGCAUGGGUGCCCUGGAGAUGCACCAGCGCCUAGAGCAGCUGAAGAGGAGGAUCCACCGCGUGCACCUCUACUCCCAGGAUGCCAAGAAGAAGAGAAGAAAGCCAAAACUGAAGAAACCAGAACCCAUCCUCUUGAGAGACCGAUCAACCUCCCCAUGUCUGCCACCAGCCCUGCUGCCACCUCCCCCACUGCCGUCACCUGCCACCACCAUGGCCUCCGUGGUGGCCCCAUCGCCUCCUGUCUACACUAUGCCUAGGGUCUUUGGUCCCUUCCUUCCGCUGCCCAGCAAGUCGAUGGAGAAGUUGGAGGUUGCAAGGUCAGAAGUGAAACUGAACUGGGCUGGCCUGUCAUCGAACCCAAAGAGACACAUGGUUGAUCUGACCCCCUUGGUCCUCAAUCCCGGAGGCUUCCAUUUCUCGUGCCUGGCUGGAAACAGUGCGCACAAGCUCCACUGCCCUGGCUUCCCCUGGACCUCAGCUUGUAGUGGCUCCCCCAAGACCGAAGAGACACCACUCUCUCCUGUGAAGGCCUCCAUCUUCACCCCACCUGUCUUGCUCAAGUUCCAGCCUGUGCCAAGACCCAAAGAUGACUCUGAGAACGACCCCAGCAGCACAGAGUCUGUGCCUCCCAAGAGGGGUGCAUAACCUCUUCCCUACAGACCAUGGCUAGAGGAGUGAAUAAAGUUCCUGUGGAGGUGCUU